ACUCUCUAAGGAAUGUUUCCAGUACCUCGUAGAAUCUAUGCCAGGAAGGAUUAAGGCAGUUCUGAAGGCAAAAGGGGGUCCAACCCGGUACUAGAAGGAUGUAUCUAAUAAAGUGGCCAGUGAGUGUUUAUUGCCAAAAGUAUUCAAUCACCCAUACAAAUUAAAUUGACAUGUUUUGAUCUAUUUCAUUGCCUCAAGUUUAUAAAUGAAUAAGCAUGCAGACUUAUUCUGGAAACUCUUGUGAAAGAAUGGAACCACUCGUAUCCGAGCUCACAAAAGUAUUUUUGGAUGUAUGGUCAAGCAUUUCCAUGAACACACUCCUAAGCCUCGUAAAAAAAAAAACCUUUACAGAAGAGUUGAGGAUGUUCAGUCACUUUAAAAUGCUAUGAAAUACUAGUGCAAGACAAACUUGUAGUGCACCAGUUUGGUUGUGCUUGGAGGCAAGCCCAAAGGGAUCACAGCUCCUGAAAGAGCCUUACUUUGGGUCCAGAUGGCCCAACUGUAGCAUACCUCAUUUAAAAGAGAAGCCCCUGCUAGAAACUUAAAUGUAAGAAAGGCAGACAGGUGGGUACUUUUGGCAAUAUAAUGUAUGUGAAGGAUUGAAUGUUUGUCCCCACAGUCAUAUACCUCAUGGUAAAGAUGAAAGUGUUUUAGGUUUCUAUCUGUUUCAACUGUCUCAUUUUCAUUUCAACCUGUCGUUUCCAUUUCCCGCUCCUCUGUUCAGUCUCGCUUCUGUUUCACUGUUUGUGUGUGUGAGAGUGAGAGACCUCAGCUUUUCUCAAACCCCACUCCCUUAAAAGGAUGUCCCUUUUCUCUUAGAAUCUAUUCUAAAAAUCCACUCAUGGAAACGCUAGUUCAACUGAAAAACAGCAAAUUUCUGAUGGGACUGUGUCGCAACGGUCCUCCCUCUGACAUCCAGUAUGAUAACUCCUCAGAGCUUUUUCGCUUCUCCACUUUUGCCCGUUUCCCGACAUCAGUGGUCACUGAGCGAAGUCUGGCCCGGGCGGGGUGGUUCUACACCGGCGUAGGCGACCGCGUCCAGUGUUUCAGGUGUAAUGUGACGGCGGAUGGAUGGCAGGCGGGAGACUGCCCAACGGAGAAACACAGGCAGCUCUCCCCCACCUGUCCCUUCAUUCAAAGCCUACCGUCCACCACCAACCUCCUCUCCUCGUCUCACUCCGCAUUUUCUCCGCUCCGCAUUGCCCAACCCCUCCCUCUCUCUGGUCCAGGCCCGGCUGCUUCUAACCCCUCAGGAGGCCAAAAUGAUGAGGCAGUUGGCUACUUGAACAUGGCCUUCUCUGCCCCUCCGCCCUCCAGCCCGCUGGCCUCUCGUGGCGUGGAGGAUCUGUCGCACCAGAGGCCGACGUGCCACAACCCCAGCAUGCGCAGAGAGCAGGACCGCCUGGAGUCCUUCCAACUGUGGGCACUGUCCAUCAUCACCCCCGCAGAGCUGGCCAAGGCGGGUUUCUACUACCUGGGGCAAAAUGACAGAGUGGCCUGUUUCAGCUGUGGAGGACAGCUGAGCAACUGGGAGCCGGGGGACAGAGCUGUGUCCGAGCACCAAAGACAUUAUCCCAACUGCCGCUUUGUCCGCGGGGACCGAGCCGACAACGUGCCAUUGUCCACCGGGGCAACAGCAGCGUCGGCAGCUGCAUCGACAGGAGCCCUCGCCCUCAGCAGCGUGUCCAACCCGUCCAUGCAGCAGAGCGAAGACCGGCGCCUCACGUUUGUUAACUGGCCGUCACGGAUACCUGUGCGGCCAGAGCAGCUGGCCAAAGCUGGAUUCUACUACGUAGGAAGAAACGAUGAUGUCAAGUGCUUCUGCUGUGACGGAGGCCUGCGGUGCUGGGAGUCUGGAGAUGACCCGUGGGUGGAACACGCUAAAUGGUUUCCUCGGUGUGAGUAUUUGCUUCAGGAGAAGGGACAAGACUUUGUUCAUCAGAUUCAAGCUCGGUUUCCUCGACUCUUUGAGCAGCUUCUAACAAACGGAGAAAAUAGUUCCAGAGAAUUUGUAGAUCCACCUGUGGUCCAUUUGGGCCCAGGAGAGGACCGGUCUGAAGAUGCCGUCAUGAUGAACACCCCCGUGAUCAAAUCUGCCCUAGAGAUGGGCUUUGAGCGCAGCCUGGUGAAGCAGACGGUCCAGAGCAAGAUUCUGACCAGCGGAGAGAACUACCGGACCGUUCAAGAGCUGGUCUCAGACCUGCUGAGCGCCGAGGACCAGAAACGGGAGGAGGAGCGGGAGAUGCUGGCAGAGGCGAUGGCGUCAGAUGGUUUCACGUUUGUAAAGAGACACCAGGCGGCUCUGAUCCAGCGUCUGAAGAGCGUCGAACCAGUUCUGGAGCAUUUAAGAGAGCAAAACGUGUUGUCUGCUGAGGACUACGGUAGCCUGGUAGCUCAAACAUCUGCCCAACAGCAAACUGCAAAACUAAUAGAGCUGGUCCUAAACAAGGGAAACGCCGCCGCCGAAGUCUUCCGCAACUGGAUCCAGAAAAAUGACGUUCAUCUGCUCAGAGACCUGAUGGCUCAGUCAAAUGAAGCCUCCUCUCCAAGCCAAGAUCUUUCAGAUCUCCCUAUGGAGGAGCAGCUGCGACGUCUGCAGGAGGAGCGCACGUGCAAGGUCUGCAUGGACAAAGAAGUCAACAUUGUCUUCAUCCCAUGUGGACAUCUGGUGGUGUGCAAAGAGUGUGCCCCGUCGCUGCGAAAGUGCCCGAUCUGCCGAGGCCUGGUCAAAGGCACGGUCCGAACCUUCCUGUCUUAGCCCGCAGGCCUGGUGCUCUGUCAUCAGUUUGCCAAAUGAUCACACUGUUUAUUACAAAACAGAGAUGUUUUCUUCUUUCACUCUUGGUAAAUUCAGUUAAGACAGAUGUUAGUUUUUUUUUAUUCUCAACGAUUUACUAAAGAUACCAGAGAAACAUGGAAAGGCAUUUGCAGAUCCAUGUGUGAAGCUAGCACCAAGUUUUUUUUUUUAGUUAAACGAGUUGUAAAAUAGUUUGCACGUUGAAAAUACAUUAAAACAAUGUAUUAAAGUUUCAUUUUCCAAGUGA